CUCAAAUACCAUCCCAGAAAAAUCCGUUACCUUUGACUUCUGUCAUAAAUUAUAUAAAAUUUAAAAAAAGUUAACCCCGCAUUCUUAACGCACCUGCUAAACAGCUUCCACAUCAUUUUUUAAAGGCCACUGAGAUACCCAAAACAGGUUUACUCAUCAUUAUUUUGUAUAGUACUUCAUUCGUGUUGAGAUUGUGUGGUAGUGCAUCAAUAAGAAUUGCGUUUUGUUAAUUAAAAUGUAGUGCAGAUUCUCGAAAACGAAGGUGAUGGCUUCCACGUUGGAAUUGGUUACGAACUCUUCGCAGAAUAUAAGUCAGGAAGACGGCGACCGUGUGAAAGCCGGAAAAGGAAUAUUUAGUAUAGCAAGAUGGAAACAACGCUUAACUUAUGUUGGCGAAGUAAUUACGAUAGAGCCUCUACUUUGCUGUUACUUAAUGGCUUCAAUUCUCUGCAGUCCAGCUUUAACAAACUUAGAGCUCGAAAAAGCAUGCAAGGCGAACGAAGGAUAUAAUGAUACGGUUUGUGAUUCUAUUCUAAGCGGUACGUUUAAGGAGAACAAUUUGACAGAGGAAAACAGAUUGGUCCAACAGCAUAUCGUUCAGAUGCACUCUUGGCAAAGUCCUCUGCAGAGUGUCAUGCCCAUUAUACUGGUGCUAUUUUUGGGGUCAUACAGCGACCGUCAUAAAAUUAGGAAACCCUUUUUGCUUCUUCCGAUAUUUGGAGAAUUCUUCGCAGUAGCCGGAUGUAUCUUGUGUGUCAUCUUUAUGCGCGAGUUGCCUUUGGAAUUUCAAGGUUUUGCACAAACUGUUGUGCCGUCAUUCCUAGGAGGUCCGACGAUGAUCAUCAUGGCUGCGUUUGCAUACAUUGCCGAUGUGAGCACUUUGGAAAUGCGAACGUUGCGCGUGGGCGUCGUGCAAAUUGUGUUGAACGUUUGGACGCCGAUCGUUCAGUCAUUUAGUGGCAUUCUGUUUAGCGCCAUUGGAUAUAUCGGUAUUUUAAUAAUAGGUGCAAUCUUCUACGUUAUAGGUUUCGCAUAUGGGUUAUUUUGGAUUAAAGAACCAAAGCAGCCGGUCGGAUUGGAAGAUAAGAAAAGCUUGAUCAAGGAUAUCUUUGAUCCUCAUCAUGCCAUAGAAACAUUUAAAGUGCUGAUCAAGAAGACGGAAGGCAAUGAACGCGUCGGAAUUCUCUUGAUAAUGGUUAUUCUAUUCAUCUAUGCUGGAGUAAUAAACGGAGAAGGAUCUGUUUUUUUCUUGUUCACUCAAACAGUAUACGAGUGGACCGUUGUAGAAUUUAGCUACUUGCUCACCUUUAACACAAUUAUUCAUUUAGUGGGAACCGUUGUGGCGCUCCCAAUAUUUACAACGGUAUUGAAACUGAAUGAUUUGGUAAUAACUGUGAUAUCUUUUCUGGACAAAAUUAUUGCAAAUUUCGUUUUUGCUACCGUGCUCUCCACCACAGGAUUAUAUGCUGGCAUUGCGGUUAGCAUUAUAAUAGGCGUGGCGACAAUUUCUAUCAGAUCCCAGGCGACUAAGAUUGUUUCCGAGGAUGAUCUUGGAAAAGCCCAAUCACUAUUUGCCAUAGUCGAGGCGAUAUCUCCCAUGAUAUGUGUUCCACUGUAUAACGAAGGCCUAUACAGUUAUACUAUAGACGACUACCCUCAAGCAUUUUUCUUUUUAGGCAUUGGAUUAUACGCGGUGGGAAUUGUAAUCCUUCUGUGGCUGUACCUAAGAGAGAGGAAGAGGCGAGUCCCCGCUCAAAGCAACGGCGUGGGAGAUUCAGAAAAGUCUAAAGAUAUUGUUAUUAUAGAAACUACACAUAUGUAAAUCUAAAAAUAUAGGGUGGUUAUUAACUAGUACUAAGUUGAGAAGCUCAAUAACAGUGUGUUCUAAAGUUAGUUACCAUUUAAGUUUCUGUUUAAAUUUUUAAUUUUUUACUACACUUUUUAUUUAUUCGUUAUAUAUUACUAAAUACGGAAUUUAUGACGAUCA